ACCGCCUCUCCUGUCCCCAACUUCGCUUAAUAUCUGACCCUUUUCAUCACCUCUGCUCUCUACCACCGCACCAGCACCAGGGCGCCCCAAUAGAUCCACAAUGGAGGUCAACACUGGUAACAUGUCGACCUUCUUCGGCGCCGUCGAUGCCAUGGGCUUCUACGGCGCGACGAACAUCAACCCCACCGACAUGAGGAACAACUGCGUCUCGGUCUCGCUCUGCCGUUUGCUGGGCUACGCCAACGUCCAGCAGCUGUGGCGCGCCGCCUACGGUUACGACCUGCCCGAUCAGCCGCUGAGCGAGAGGGGCAUCCGGAACCUCUGCGGCCUGACCGGCUGGCUCUUCCAGUGGCAGCGCUUCAACCAGGAACCUGGUGUCUCGGCCUACGACGUCAUGAUGCGCGACAUCCAAAUUCGCUUCACCACCUUGCGCGCCGUGCUAUACAUACGGGCAAAUGGUACGGGUCACGCGGUGAACGCCUUCUUCAGCAACGUGAUGGGCGAAGGUCCGCGCAUUCUUCUCCUGGCGGACUGGCAAUCCCACCAGAUGGGCCAGCCGGUGCCGGGGAUUUGGAGGGGCCUGUCAGCAUCAUCACGCUCGACCUGGACUGGGGGAAUCCACACGCGAUACAAUCUUUGGUGGAUAGGUACCGGAACGGCUUGUAGGCCUCGAUCAAGUCGGCUGCGGGCAAGUGGUGCUGCUUUGAUUCACGUGUGGCGGGUCAUCAAGUCGCGUUUUGAAAAGAGUUUGGGGGCUGUCCUGUGAAAAUGCACGGGCUUGUUCGCGUAUGUUCCUGACUUACAGCAGAAGAAUGUUGUUUCCAAAUGGUCCACCUCAAGAUGGUUGAGGCUUGUGACCCGCGAAACGAUCGCGGCCGAUAGGCUACCAACAAAGGGAGCAGCCGUAAACCACAAAACGCCCCCCCUGAAGAAAAGACGCCUGUCCGUCCUCAGGAAGCCUUGAGGUUCAUGCCGAAGGUUGCGUGAUGCAGCCGUCUGCAACACAGCCGCCCACAGCCGCCCUAAUAG